AGCAGCGGAGGUUGGAUCAGUAUCUUGCGGUGUCGGGACUGGCCGAGCGGGGUCGCUGCGGACUUCAGUCUUCCCACUCUGUUCCCGGGCUGCUGUAACCCAAAUCCCGGACCCUCGGGCACCCAGGCUCCCUCCCACAGAACUGCGGGGUGAGGGCAGACCUGGAAUGCAAAGAAUCCUCCAUGAGGCCUCUACACCCUUUGUGCCAGGACUCCACUUGUUUGCUGACCCGCCCUAUCACAAGGGAGAGGUUCGGUCCGUUGUGCCAAAGGAUGGGGACAGACACCGAGCGUGGGGAGAGGAUGGAUGUGGCUGUUCCUGACCCUCCUGUCACGUGCCGAGGUGUGUGUACGGCUCUCCUGCAUGUGGCUGCAGUCACCUGUGCUGUAUGACUGAGUGUGCCUCAUCCGUGCAUAGUGAGUCACACAUGGGUGACUCACGUGUAGGACAGUUCUGGCUGGGAGACAGGAGGAAGGCUCUUGGGUAAAACUGGGGAGUGGGUGGACAAGGGUCCUAGAGCAUCAGUCGAGUGCCUGACUAGGCAGAGGGCAGUGUUGCAAGCAUACAGGCAUCACGGUCUCCCUGCUUCCAUUCUAGUAUUUGGUCCCUCCCGCCCCAGUGGACCUAGAUUUCUGAUAUUUAUCUGGUGAGUCAGCCAAGGGACCGGCUGUGCCAGAGGCACACAAACAAGUGUAGGGGUGCAAGACUAGGCGGGGAGAGUGAACCAGAGCAGCCUGCCCAGCGCUUCGGUGAGAGAGAGCCCAGGAGUAUCCUAGAGACAGCUGAGUCCUUCCUCAGUCCAACAUUUCCCCAGCCCCCUCGCACCCAUCCAGCAGCGCCCCCGCUUGGGUUUCGCUCGCCUCCUCCAGGCCAGCGUUGCUGGGCACCCGUCCUUGCCUCUCAUCAUGGCAGUGUACCGCCUGUGUGUGACCACUGGUCCCUACCUGAAGGCCGGCACACUGGACAACAUCUCUGCCACACUGGUGGGCACGUGUGGUGAGAGCCCCAAGCAGCUGCUGGAUCGAGUGGGCAGGGACUUCACCCCUGGAUCGGUGCAGAAGUACAAGGUGCGCUGCUCAGCAGAGCUGGGUGAACUCUUGCUGCUGCGUCUGCACAAGGAGCGCUUUGCCUUCUUCCGAAAGGACUCCUGGUACUGCAGCAACAUCAUUGUCAUUGCCCCAGAUGGCACUGUCAUCCCCUUUCCCUGCUAUCAGUGGAUCGAGGGCUACUGCACCAUGGAGCUGCGUCCAGGAACAGCGAGAACCAUUUGUCAGGACUCCCUCCCCCUGCUCUUGGAUCAGAGGAAGCGAGAGCUCCAGGCCAGACAAGGAUGCUAUCGCUGGAAGAUCUAUGCCCCUGGCUUCCCUCGAAUGGUGGAUGUCAGCAGCUUUGAGGAAAUGGAAUCAGACAAGAAAUUUGCCUUGACCAAGACGAUACCUUGUGCAGACCAGGGUGACAGCCCUGGGAAUCGGUACCUGCCUGGAUUCCCCAUGAAAAUUGACAUCCCGUCCCUGCUGCACAUGGAGCCCAACAUCCGCUACUCAGCCACCAAGACAGCGUCGUUGCUCUUCAAUGCCAUUCCCGCGUCCUUGGGCAUGAAGAUUCGGGGGCUUCUGAACCGAAAGGGUUCCUGGAAGAAGCUGGAUGACAUUCGGAAUAUCUUCUGGUGCCACAAGACCUUCACUACAGAGUAUGUCACAGAGCACUGGUGUGAGGACAACUUCUUUGGGUACCAGUACCUGAAUGGCGUCAAUCCUGUCAUGCUCCAUUGCCUCUCCAGCUUGCCCAGCAAGCUGCCUGUCACCAAUGACAUGGUGGCCCCCUUGCUGGGACCAGACACCUGUCUGCAGACAGAGCUAGAGAGAGGCAACAUCUUCCUUGCUGAUUACUGGAUCCUUGCCGAUGUCCCGGUCCACUGUUUAAACGGCCGCCAGCAGUACGUGGCCGCCCCACUCUGCUUGCUGUGGCUCAACCCUCAGGGGGCGCUGCUGCCACUGGCCAUCCAGCUCAGCCAAAUCCCCGGGUCCGAUAGCCCCAUCUUCCUGCCCACUGACUCCGAGUGGGACUGGCUGCUGGCCAAGACGUGGGUGCGUAACUCAGAGUUCUUGGUGCAUGAGAACAACACGCACUUUUUGUGCACGCAUUUGCUGUGCGAGGCCUUCUCCAUGGCCACCCUGCGUCAGCUGCCGCUCUGCCAUCCUAUCUUUAAGCUCCUGCUUCCCCACACUCGCUACACGCUGCAGGUGAACACCAUUGCCAGGGCCACGCUGCUCAAUCCCGACGGCCUCGUGGACCAGGUCACGUCUAUCGGGAGGUGCGGCCUCCUCUACCUCAUGAGGACCCAUCUGGCCCACUUCACCUACACCAAUUUCUGCCUUCCGGAUAGCCUUCGGGCCCGCGGUGUCCUAACCAUUCCCAACUACUACUACCGAGAUGACGGCCUGAAGAUCUGGGCAGCCAUUGAGAGCUUUGUCUCAGACAUCGUGGGCUACUAUUAUCCCAGUGAUGAUUCUGUGCAGCAGGACUCGGAGCUGCAGGCCUGGGUCAGCGAGAUUUUUACUCAGGCGUUCCUGGGCCGGGAGAGCUCAGGAUUCCCAAACCGGCUGUGCACCCCAGGACAGCUGGUGAAGUACCUGACUGCAAUUAUCUUCAACUGUUCUGCCCAGCACGCCGCUGUCAAUAGUGGGCAGCAUGACUUUGGGGCCUGGAUGCCCAAUGCCCCAUCAUCCAUGAGGCAGCCCCCACCUCAGAACAAGGGGACCACUACCCUGAAGAGUUACUUGGAAACCCUCCCAGAAGUGAAUGUCACCUGUAACAACCUUCUCCUCUUCUGGUUGGUCAGCCAAGAGCCUAAGGACCAGAGGCCCCUGGGCACCUACCCAGAUCAACACUUCACAGAGGAAGUGCCACAGCGGAGCAUCGCCGCCUUCCAGAGCCGCCUGGCCCAGAUCUCAAGAGACAUCAGGGAGCGGAACCAGGGCCUGCCACUGCCCUAUGCCUACCUGGACCCCCCCCUCAUUGAGAACAGUGUCUCCAUCUAACUUCCGCCUCAAACCACUUCAGAAGAAAGGAAAGUCCAAGCAUGAAGAAGGCCAGCUUAUCAGAGUUUUCCAGACUCUUCCCUCCUCCCUAUUCUCAGUUUGAAUCUUCCUCUCUCUAUAUAGAGACUUUUUCCAGCCAAGAUGGCUCUAGCUGUGUCCUGAGCUGUGAGAGACCAGUCUAGCAGUGUCCAGGGUAAAAACCUAGGACUAAGGUUGAAUGCACAAUAGACUGCUGGAAAAGGAAGGAACUUCUAUACCCUUUGCCCCACUCUGGGUAGCCUCCUGUUCCAGCCUCUUGUGGAAAUCUACUUCCUCCCAUUGGGAUGCCCAGCCUUGAUCUCCAAGCUUUCCUUCCCAGUCCCCCGCAUUCCCACAUUUGCUCCUACCAUGUCAUUUUGAUUCUUCUUUCCUGUAAGCCUAAGACCAGCCAACCUGGCUUCCUUCUGUGGAAGAGCCUGGAAACUGGGCACAGAAGAGCUGUGUGCCUGGAUCAUCAGGUCCCCUUUGUUCCUGGCACCUUGAAAGUAGGGGAAGAAUUGGAGCCCAGCUCUCCUGGACAUCUAACUAAGGUUCUGGGGGACAAGUUCCCUGGCCUGGGCAUGGAUGUGGAAUCUUUCUCCAGCUCUCAUUCUACCUCAUUCUCAUCUCAUGUUUUUCUUUUUUCUUUAAAACAAGUGAGUUCAGUAAAAGCUGACAUAUUUGGCUCCUA